UAUACCUCCUUCCACGCUCCAAAUGUAGUUGGUAGUGGACACCAGACUUCAUUAUCGCCACCAUGCUUACUGUGCUCCUCUUUCUGCUCUCUGUUCACCAGGCAGUAGCCAUUGGCAACGGUGGUGCUGCUCCCUAUGGCAUCCCCUUGAACUGCAAGUCCCUUGAGUGCCCUCUCUAUGAGGUGGUGACCCGGCAGAGCGAGUUUGAGAUAAGGCACUACAAGGCUCCUGUCUGGAUGUCUACUCCAAGUAUCAACACUACCUCCUACACUCAGGCUACCAGCCAGGGCUUCGGCACGCUUUUCGCCUACAUUGAAGGGAAAAACCAUGACAACGUCAAGAUACAGAUGACAGCGCCAGUGCUCAUCCAGGUCCUCCCGUCGACCGGACCCUUUUGCAACUCGUCGUUCGUCGUCAGCUUCUACGUGCCGAAGAAGUACCAGACGAGCCCACCAUUGUCUACGGAAGUCCACGCAGUCAGGUGGCCGGCGGGCAGAUAUGCCGCAGUCAGGCGAUUCGGAGGCUUCAUGAACGAGACCACGAUUCCCAUGGAAGCUGCAGCCCUUAAACAGAGCCUACAGGGCACAAGUUGGGCCUCUGAUGUUGCCCCUAGAGGGAAGACGCCGUCCACAUACUGGGUCGCAGGCUACAAUUCUCCAUUUGAAUAUGAGAACCGAGUCAAUGAAGUCAUGUUCAUAUUUGACAAGUAGUAAUUCCAUAGUCAGCGGCUUCCAUGAAAAGUUGGCUCCAUUCCUUCGGUCAUUUGCAUUGAGAAUAUGUGUUUGUUUUCUAUGUAUCAGUUCAUAAAUAAAGUCCGUGCAGUUUUUAACACUAA